AUGGACCGGCUUGAGCAAGAGGUUCAUGAGCUUCGUGGAGAGGUCCAAAAAGCAUCUCAGUGUGACCCGAUUCCUGUGAAAUAUGCGGAUUUGCUUCCCAUUUUGCUUAAGAAGAACCUUGUUCAAACCCUACCACUUCUCGGGUGCCGAAUUCGCUGCCACCUUGAUAUAAAAGUGCUACUUCAACAACAACAUCUGGCUCCUCACUCUGUUGCCGCUGUUAGGCCCAUCACCAAUGUUGUUCAAGAUCCGGGUUAUCAACCCCAGUUUCGACCAAGUCAACAACAGUAUCUGGAUUCUCACUCUGUUACCACUGUUUUGCCCAUCAUGAAUGUUGUCCGCAAUCCGGGCUAUCAGCCCCAGUUUCAGCAAUAUCAACAACAGCCUCGACAACAGGCUCCAAGAAUUAAAUUUGAUCCGAUUCCAAUGAAAUAUGGGGAGUUGUUUCCCUAUUUAUUUGAGAGGAACCUUGUCCAGACUAGGCCACCUCCUCCAAUACCGAAGAAAUUGCCGGCUCGAUGGAGACCUGAUCUCUUUUGUGUUUUCCAUCAGGGGGCACAAGGUCAUGAUGUUGAGUGCUGUUUUUCUUUAAAGAUUGAAGUCCAGAAGCUGAUCAAAGACGAUCUCAUACCUUUAGAGGAGUUUGGAUUUGAAUAUUUGGAUGACACAUUCAUUUUACUUCUUGUCUUUGAUCAGUUCAAAACAAAGAGCACUUCUCUUACCAAAACAACUACAAUCAUCAAUAGACAACAAACACAAUUCACACUAAAGUGCUUCAAUGGAAACCCAACACAAACCUGUCCAAACGAUCAUUCCCCAAUUCAAGCAUUUCAUCAAGAUCAAGAUCCAUCAUCAUCUACAUCAACAUGUCCAGAACACUUCAGAUGGAUUCAUGAAGAUUUGGAACCAUGGAAGAGUACAGGAAUCACAAGGGAAAUGGUGGAUAGUGGAGAAAACAUUUCACAGCUUAGAAUUGUGAUUAAACAAGGAAAAGUUUAUGUAGAAACUUAUGGAGAUUCAUUUCAAACAAGGGCUACAUUUACUGUAUGGGGAAUAGUACAACUUUUAAGGUUGUACCCUGGGAGAGUACCAGAUUUGGAGCUAUUGUUUGAGACUGGUGAUAGAGCUGUGGUGGAUAAAAAAAGAUACGAAGGACCAGAAGCUGUGACACCACCACCUAUUUUUAGUUAUUGUGGAAAGAAUGAAGCUCUUGACAUUGUCUUUCCUGAUUGGUCCUAUUGGGGUUGGGCUGAGACUAGAAUAAAACCAUGGGAGAAAGUGUUGAAGGAUAUACAAGAAAGCAACAAGAAGAUCAAAUGGAAGGAUAGGAUACCCUAUGCUUUUUGGAAAGGAAACUUUUUGUCCAACCCUAGGCAUGAGCUUAGGAAAUGUAAUGUCACAGAUCAACAUGAUUGGAAUGCUCGUGUAUAUUCAGUGGACUGGAAUGAGGAAAUUGAUCAAGGGUUUAAGAACACAAAACUAGAAGAUCAAUGUGCACACAGGUACAAGAUUUAUGUGGAAGGGAUUUCAUGGUCUGUGAGUGAAAAAUAUAUAAUAGCAUGUGAUUCAAUGACAUUGUUCAUAAAGCCAAGAUAUUAUGAUUUCUUUACAAGAAGCCUAGUACCUUAUAAGCACUACUGGCCCAUCAACAAGCAAAACAUGUGUCAAGAUAUUAAGUAUGCUGUUGAUUGGGGCAAUACACAUCCAGAGAAGGCACAAGAGAUUGGCAGAGAAGGUACAAGGUUCGUUGAAGAGAACGUAAAUAUGAAAUUGGUGUAUGAUUAUAUGUUACAUCUAUUGACUGAAUAUGCAAAUCUCAUAAGAUUUGAACCAAAAAUACCUGCAGAAGCUAUUGAGGUUUGUACUGAAAAUGUGGCAUGUUCAAUGGAUGGUAUAUGGAGGGAAUUUAUGGUUGAGUCCAUGGUUAAGUCACCAAGUGACACACCUCCAUGUGCAAUGUUUUCUCCUUAUUUUAUUUAUGAUGAUGUCAAAUAAGCUAUGAAAGGUAUUAUAUUUUAUGAACAGAUUAUAUUGUGGCCUUUUUUAAACAAGAAACAUUACAUUAUAUUAUAGAAUACAUACUCAAUAAGAUGGACAACAAAGUUUGGGUUCUGGCUCUUAUAAGAUAUGAGUUGGAUUAUUACCAAUUAAACCAAAUAUUUGUUGGUAUUUAUUAUUUCU